AGAUAGGCAUUGCUCCAAUGAGGUUGGUCUCUGAGGCUAUACUGAUGUGAGAAGCUGUACAAGACACAUAUUCACUAUGUCAGCCUAUACAGGAUCUAUGGACUAUAGCUCUAAGAACUCCUGGGUCCAAACAGUAGGACAGAUAGAUGAGUUAUUGGAUGAACACACAACUGGGACACUCACUAGUGGCUAUUCACAAGGGAUCACAAAGUCACACUGGGUGUCAAACAAUGAAAGGCCAAACUGUAUGGGCUGUAAUCUGAAGUUCACCUUCACUGAGAGGCUGCAUCACUGUAGAAGGUGUGGUGAAGCAUUCUGUCACAAGUGCAUCAACUACCAGAGACGCCUCAACCACCUGUCUAAUCCAGACCCUAAUGGCAAACUAUAUAAGGUUUGCCAGAAAUGUUUCGACACAGGCCCCCAGACCAUUGGAUUCACCUGUUCGUGGAAGGAGACAUUCAGAGCAUAUAGGAGCACUAAUUGCGAUGGCGGAGGAGAGGGCUCCAUAUAUGGAAGGUUAAACAUUCUCAAGGAGCUAGAAAGAAUCAAGAAAGGUUUCCAAGCCAGUCUAAAUAACAAUACAUCCCCAGUUGGCAAGACACUACUGGACAUAAAGAACCUAGUGAAGACUCCUGAUUGGCAGAAAUCACGGUUUUGGGCGAAAGAGCAAUUAUCUCCAAGAUGUCGGAAAUGCGGUCAAGAUUUUAGUCUUCUACGUUCCAAAAAUGCUUGCGUCAUAUGUGGCCAUGCUGUAUGCGCAUCAUGCUCCAACAAAGAACUUAUUGUGUAUUUGCCAAAUGAUGAGGAGACCCAAGAUGAUCAGAAGGAUGUUCAAGUCUCUAUUAUCAAAAUAGUUGGGUGUCCAGAAAAAGAACCUGAUGUUUGUGUCUAUCUACGUCUUUGUCGCUCAUGUGCUGAAUACAUCAAAGAUAUUCAAGUCAGAAAUCACCACCAGGGGGAGCUUAAGGUCAAUCACGAUGACCUUAUAUGGAAACCAUUAAUGCCUGUCGUAACAAAUCUACGAGAAACGCAGAAACGCAUUGAUGAACAGUUGCCCAUGUAUCAAGAGUUAAUUGAAGGGCUCCAGAUCAGCUCCAGUGCACCAAGGUCACUGCCAAGGAACCAGAAUAACAUGCAGAUACUUGCAAAGGCACAGGCGGAUUUAUCUGACCACUUUACUUCCCUCGUGUUAGGUGUGCAGGAGCUAAAGAAAGUACGCCCUCAAACAAAGGGCCAAUCAAAACUACUUAAGAAUAUUACAAAGAGUAAAUGUGCUUACUACAUGGAGAACAUGUCAUCCAACAGAGAGCUACAUAGGAAACUGGAGGAGACAGCCUCAUCAGAAACACUUGAGGCAAUUCAGGGAAUAGUGGAUAAAAAUGUAAGUACUUUCUGA